UUGACUGUCGGUCGGCGGUGUUGCGGUGUGUGUGUGCUUGGCCCGGCGCAUUGUUCUGUCGUCCCAUUAAACGAAAGCAGCCAUGGCUGGUGCUUUGAGCAGAGCCAAGAAUUUGGCUAAACUCCAAAAUGAAGAAAGGGAAGGCAAGCUAGGAUAUGUGUUUGCUGUAUCUGGACCAGUGGUGACAGCUGAGAACAUGUCCGGCUCCGCUAUGUUCGAGCUGGUGCGUGUCGGCUACUACGAGCUGGUGGGAGAGAUCAUCCGGCUGGAGGGUGACAUGGCCACCAUCCAGGUGUACGAGGACACCUCGGGUGUGACGGUCGGCGACCCCGUGCUGAGGACGGGCAAGCCCCUCUCCGUGGAGCUCGGCCCCGGCAUCAUGGGAGCCAUCUUUGACGGUAUUCAGCGGCCGCUGCAGGAUAUCAACGUGCUCACCAAGAGCAUCUACAUCCCCAAGGGCAUCAACACGCCGGCGCUCAGCCGCUCCGCGCAGUGGGACUUCCAGCCGGGCGUCAUGAAGGUGGGCAGUCACGUGACUGGCGGUGACGUGUACGGCAUGGUGCACGAGAACACGCUGAUCAAGCACAAGAUGAUGCUGCCGCCGCGCGCCAAGGGCACCAUCUCCUACAUCGCCCCGGCGGGCCACUACGGCAUCGACGAUGUGGUGCUGGAGACGGAGUUUGAGGGCGAGCGCACCAAGCACACGCUGCUGCAGGUGUGGCCCGUGCGGCAGCCGCGUCCCGUCAACGAGAAGCUACCGGCCAACCACCCGCUGCUCACCGGCCAGCGCGUGCUGGACGCUCUCUUCCCGUGUGUGCAGGGUGGAACCACGGCCAUCCCGGGCGCCUUCGGCUGCGGCAAGACCGUGAUCUCGCAGUCGCUCUCCAAGUACUCCAACUCGGACGUCAUCGUGUACGUCGGCUGCGGAGAGCGAGGAAACGAGAUGUCCGAGGUACUCCGCGACUUCCCCGAGCUGACGGUGGAGAUCGACGGCAACACAGAGUCGAUCAUGAAGCGGACGGCGCUGGUGGCCAACACGUCCAACAUGCCGGUGGCCGCCCGCGAGGCCUCCAUCUACACGGGCAUCACGCUCUCCGAGUACUUCCGAGACAUGGGCUACAACGUCUCGAUGAUGGCCGACUCGACGUCCCGCUGGGCCGAGGCGCUGCGCGAGAUUUCCGGCCGCCUGGCUGAGAUGCCGGCCGACUCCGGCUACCCCGCCUACCUGGGCGCCCGGCUGGCCAGCUUCUACGAGCGCGCCGGACGCGUCACGUGUCUGGGUAACCCGGACCGCGAGGGCUCGGUGUCGAUCGUGGGCGCCGUCUCGCCGCCCGGCGGCGACUUCUCCGACCCCGUCACCUCGGCCACGCUCGGCAUCGUCCAGGUGUUCUGGGGACUGGACAAGAAGCUCGCGCAGCGCAAGCACUUCCCCUCCAUCAACUGGCUCAUCUCGUACAGUAAAUACAUCCGCGCGCUGGAUGACUUCUACGAGAAGAACUUCAACGAGUUCACAUCGCUGCGGACCAAGGUGAAGGAGAUCCUGCAGGAGGAGGAGGACCUCUCUGAGAUCGUACAGCUGGUCGGUAAGGCCUCGCUGGCUGAGACCGACAAGAUCACCCUGGAGGUGGCCAAGCUGCUCAAAGACGACUUCCUGCAGCAGAACGGCUACACGCCGUACGAUCGGUUCUGCCCCUUCUACAAGACGGUGGGCAUGCUGAAGAACAUGAUCGCCUUCUACGAGCUGUCGCGCCACGCCGUCGAGUCCACCGCCCAGUCCGACACCAAGAUCACGUGGAAUGUCAUCCGUGAGACGAUGUCGCAGACCAUGUACCAGCUGUCGUCGAUGAAGUUCAAGGACCCGGUCAAAGACGGCGAAGCCAAGAUCAAGGCGGACUUCGAGGCGCUACACGAAGAGAUGCAGCAGGCGUUCAGAAAUCUGGAGGAUUAGCGUGUCAGAGGUCGCCCCCUGUAGGAGCCGUGGGUCGGCGUGCGGACGGCCGGCGUACAUUCCACCAGUGGGGCCCCGCCUGGCCGGGUCUCCGUGCUCGCGGCCCGCGCGCCCCGCCCUCGACGCUGUCUACCCGUUGUGUAUAGUCGGUGUGUGUGCGUGAGCUACAUGAGCAUGAUUAUUUGGUAACUAUUGUCCGUCGGACUGUGGUCGUGUUGAUUUUGAUAGCGGUUGCCAUACGUACGACGUGCGCCAGAUUGAGCCGCGGUUCUGCCGCGUGCGUUCUGCGCGCCACCAUCACGAGCGCAGGCUCUGGUGCGGCGGGCCCGUGUGAAUCAUUUCUGACUUAUUGUGCCGGUCGUUGGCGCCGGGAGUGCCGGUCUGUACAGCGCGUGGGUACGCAGAUAUAUAUGUGUAUGUGUAGUGAUAGCGGUCGGCCGUUCUGAUUUGAGGGUGCGCCGUGGAUUGGGUGGGGGCGCGGCGCGGAUCAUGCCGCGCGGCUGGUGCCGGACACAUUCCACGUGCAUGAAAUGUGAGCUCGUAAUAUUCGACAAAUGCAAAUAAACCGCCACUGGAGGGAGUGUGUCGCA